AUGAUUGACUAUCUACGCGAUAUUCGUCUUCGGCCAGUUUGGCGCCCAAUGCCAGCAGAAAUAAAACAAGCAUUUGCACAAACUGACCUUCCUGUAAAAGGUCAAUCACCUUGGCAAACCUAUAACGAAGUGCAUUCACUUGUUCUUCCGUAUUCUUUGGGGAAUGACCACCCUCAUUUUUGGGGUUAUGUUCCAGGUGCAGGUUCGUCAAUUGGAGCUUUGGCUGAAUUUAUUACGGGAACUAUGAAUACAAUGUCAUGGGGCGGUCAUCAGUCAAGUAUUUAUAUGGAACGCCAAGUUUUAUCAUGGUUCAAAACGUUAAUGGGUUUUCCUAAUGAUGACACAUGCUCUGGCAUACUUGUGAGUGGAACAUCUGUGGCCACAAUAAUUGCGUUGGCCGUGGCUAGAAAAAGAUUCCAUAAUCGAAAUAUGAAAAUAUACUAUUCGAUGGAUACGCACAGCUGCCUUAUCCGAGCAGCUGAACUUCUGAAUAUUGAAAAACACAAUUUGAUUGCUGUCCCGGUUAAUCAACAACAUCAAAUCGAUUUAAAAGCACUGAAAGACGCAAUUGAUCCAUGUUCUUGUGGCUUUAUUGUUGGAACCGCGGGUACUACUGGUACGGGUGCUAUUGAUGACCUUCAAGGCUUAGCAGAUUUAUGUGGUAGCCGUUCACAAGAACUUUGGCUUCACAUCGAUGGAGCCCUUGGAGCAGUCGCUUGUUGUUCAUCGCGCCUAAAACCUUUGUUUGCUGGCUUAGAACGUGCAGAUUCGCUUGCAUUUGAUUUGCAUAAAUGGCUUUCUGUUCCAUACGAAUGUGGAUGUAUUCUAAUACGUGAUGGUCACUUGCAUAAAUCAACAUUUGUUCACCAUAUUGGCUCCUAUUUGACAUUGAUGGACGGUGGAUUAACACCUAUUACAGGUGAACUAUUCUUUAGUGAUUAUGGUUUAGAAUUAUCACGAAAUAUGAAAUCAUUGAAAGUGUGGAUGACACUUAAAACAUAUGGAUUCAAACAAUUGGGUCACAUCAUGGAACAAAAUGUCGAUCAAGCAAUGCAUUUUGCUAAUUUAAUUAAACAGCAUCCAAAUGAUCUUGAUACUAUUAGUAAGCCUUGUUUUACAAUAUUUAUGAUUUAUUUACUUGCUCAUUUUCAAGCAAGUGAUCGACAACAUCGUUAUUCAUUUGAAGUUGUCAAUAAUGAAUAUGUAGAUAAGAAUGGCAACUUAAUCAAUGAUCGUAUUCCUCGGUUAAAAAACUUUUUUAAGCGACGGAUAAAUAGUUAUACAUACACAAUUGAUGUUGUCAAAGCACAACAGCUUCAUAUACCACAACAACUUGGACAACAAUAUCAAGAUAAUACUAAUAAUAAUGGUCAAUAUCAAUAUGAUAAUAAUUAUUACCCAGGACGAUGA